UUUUGGCCACCGGGCUCCUCAUCAAUCUUACCGACGCUCGGCACCUGUGCGCGCGGAUCUUCAGUCCACGGAUUUAUUUAUUUUUUUUACUUUGAGCCAAAGGACCCGUGCAGUGAAAUGUUCUCUCCCCGUCCGUGAACAUAACCGGAUACGACGCGGAACGAGAGGAGAAACUAAAAAAUUGAUGAGAGUUUGGCGAAAAAGUGCAACUCGGUUUUAGACGCGCGGUGCGCUGCUGCCGCUGCUGGACUUCAUAGAGGGGAAAAAAAUAACCAACCAACCAACCAACCAACCAGUGUGACCUCUCAUCUUUUUUUUUUUUUUUUACAAUGGGAAGAAACAGCUGCACUGCAUCCCCAAAAUAAAGGAAUAAUUCACUAAUAAAACAGCAGGCAACCCGGAUCGAUCAACGAGGCUGAUUGAGGAGUCCACCUCAAGUCCCUAAACUGGAUCCUACUGCGGGCAUCGAUUAACGGAUUUGACUGAUCACCUUUACACACUCAGCACACCCUCAAAGGGAGAAGAUGCCGUUCCACCAUGUGACGGCAGGCCUGCUCUACAAGGGGAACUACCUGAGCCGCUCGCUGUCAGACAGCGACAGCGACGUGCUGGCCAGCAUCUCUGUGGAGGAGCUUGAUGAGAUCCGGGAGGCGUUUAAGGUGCUGGAUCGUGACGGAAACGGGUUCAUUUCCAAACAGGAGCUGGGCAUGGCCAUGCGCUCUCUGGGUUACAUGCCCAGUGAGGUGGAGCUAGCCAUCAUCAUGCAGAGACUAGACAUGGAUGGUGAUGGACAGGUUGACUUUGACGAGUUCAUGACGAUCCUCGGACCCAAACUCCUGUCAUCUGAAACGAGGGAAGGCUUCCUGGGCAGCACAAUAGAUACUAUCUUCUGGCAGUUCGACAUGCAGAGGAUCACCCUGGAGGAACUGAAACACAUCCUGUUCUACGCCUUCCGCGACCACCUGACCAUGAAGGACAUUGAGAACAUCAUCAUCAAUGAGGAAGAGAGCCUGAAGGAAAACUCUGGGAACUGUCAGACAGAGUUUGAAGGAGUUCACCCCUCAAAGAAGAACCGUCAGACAUGUGUGAGGAAGAGCCUCAUCUGCGCCUUUGCCAUGGCGUUCAUCAUCAGCGUCAUGCUCAUCGCAGCCAAUCAAAUGCUGAGGAACGGCAUGGAGUAGCUGUGCUCACUGUGAGCGGGGAACAAGCCAGCCUGCAUGUGCAUGCCAGUGGGUGAGGUCGUAUCUCUGCUGAUAGGAAAAGAACUACAAGGAGUUAACACUCAAAAUAAUCAUCGACAAAAUCCAUUUUUUUAGAAUUAUCCUUCGUUUUUUGUUUGUUGUUUUUUUUCCGAACGGGCGGCACCUCUCCGCUCGACGUCCAAUGAAACCGUGAAGCCAGCAUGAGGAGUCAUGCAGGACUCCUCCCCCUUUACUCUGACAGGGACACUCAAGGGCUGACAUUACACAUAAUACUCUGUCGUCUCUGUUUCCCUGAUGCAAUAAAAAAAUGUUUAAAAAAAAAAGAAGAAAAAAAAAACAGUUGAGUGCAGAAGUUCAGAGCUGCUUGCUUUUCCAGCAAGAUGUGACGUGUGUGUCUGCAGAUCUGUCACCCACCAGGAGUCUGAUGAGCUAGCAGGUCUGUAGUCUGGGCCCCCGAUAGGGAAUGAGAGGAAGGGAACAAUUGCCCUCUUAUUAUAGUUCCUGGAAGGAUGAUGGCAGAGCUCGCCGCCACUCAAGCGGAAGGAACUGUAAGCGUCAGGCCACAGCUCCUGGAGCUCUCGUGGUGCUACGAUACUUGAGCUUUCCAACUCUCUAUUUUCAACUACUGCGUCUGGGGGCUGGUAUUAGCUGCUGGCAUCAGUUCAUCGGCCCUACAAACCAAGCAGUCAAGAGAGUAAAAUGUUAAAUUGGCCUUGUGAUAUUUGUGAGUGAAUACAGUGGCUCAGAAGGUUUGGUUUUGGAUCCUCUCUCUCUCUUGGAUACUGUUGGGUGAACACUGUUCAAAGUGCAAAGAGGAGGUUUCUGUGUCUUAUUAAAGGGGGAAAAAAAAUCCACCCUCCAAUGCUCGCUCACUGUUAUAUAUCAUCUAUAUAUGAUGCUCACUGCACUCCAGGACUUAUUUUGCAAAGAGACUUUAUUCAACUUUUUGGUCCAUCCACUUUCUCUCAGUCUGUCUCAUCUACUUUUGCCUCAUUUGGUGAUUUCCUGCAUUUCCCAAAAUGACUUUGUACAACCCCCAGAGAACAGGUGUGUGAACUCAUCGCAUUCAGCUGUGUGUUAAUGCGUAGGUGGAAAGAGCGAGGGCAAAAUGUAUGAGCAAAAUAGCAAGAGGUUUUCUAGUCUACAAAACCUGAAUUGCACCUUUUAUUCUAAAUGCAGUAUGUCUUGUAGCUGUGAUGCACUCUGGCUGCUUGACAGAUUCCUACCUGCACGUCUGCUGGGGCCAUUAUUAAAUGAAGCUUUUGCUCUCUAUUCCUGAGAUACUGACACCAAAACCUACACACACACACACACACACACACAUACACAUAUAUAUAUAUAUAUAGAACAUUUAACAUUUUUCUGCUCUCGAACUCAGCUCUAGUUGGAAUCUAUGUGAUGCCAUAUCUG